GUCAGACUCGAAGACGAGCUGUUGAUCACAGAUCAGAGGCAAAGUUGGAGUCUUCAAGAAAGAAUUUGAGUUCAAUGGCAUUGGAAGCUUUCUCGAAAAAGGUUGGAGGAAUUUGACAUCCACUGAUGCAGGGCCCAGGCCAAUGUUUGGAUGUCUGUUGUAGCAAGGAAGCUGGACGAUCCGAUUGAAAGUCCUGGAAAAAAGGUUACCUGCGUAAUCAGCAAAGUUUACAAACUUUUGAUGUUUCAGCUGUUUUUACUACGGCGGCCCGUUGUUUCUGGUAAAGAAGUGGUACAGUGACGGCAAGGAGUUUCUUGGUGUCCCGCAGACACCAGCAUUUGCUGAGAGCUCUGCACUGAAACAUCGUAAACAGGGACAGGGGGCAACUAUCAAGCAUUUGAUCUAGCUCUAUUGACCCUGAAUCAGUCAAAAUCAUAGAAGCCUUUUGGAUCAUCAUUUUCCCAACCAUCAGAUUUCUAAAAGACUUAUUGCUAAGAAAAGGUUGCGCUCUAGCUUUGGCAUUGCAGCCAGCCAUGCAUGAGCAGAACGGAACAGCAUUCCGACACUGACACUCAGCACUCAUUGAUCCAGUUUGUUUGACAAGGCUUGCUGCAGCAGUGUCAAUUGCAACAAUGCAGGGCAAUGGACCAGGCUCGUCUGAGCCAUUUAGCUUCCCGUCAGUUUCAAUUUGCGAGCAGAUUGUGACACAAGAUGGGGAUGUGCAUUGGGGCCCUCCGCAGAGGGGCGAGCUACAGAUUGCUCGGGACGCUUCGUUUGUCUUUGUGGAAGAGCAGCAGCGGCAGGGGCUCCUUAGGGGGUCGUUGGCAGACAACAAUCUGCAGGUCCUAAGAGCUGGGCCCACUCUCCAGAUCUGGUCUAUGCCUGCGGCUCAACAAGCCGAGGCCCGAACCAUCCUCCUGCGAUUGUCUUCCCAAGAAGCAAACGGGCGCCUUUGGACUCUAACACGUGAAGCGCAGCCAAAAUCAGCUGGGGAUGCCAAGGCAGGGAGCGUGUUUGAGCAGAAGAUCGAACAGGCAUCGGCCAAGAUGUACUUCCACUACUACGGCCAACUGGUGCAUCAGCAGAACAUGCUGCAGGACUACGUGAGGACAGGCACGUAUUACGCCGCUGUUCUUGAGAACCGAGCGGACUUCGAGGGGAAGAUUGUGGUGGACGUUGGAGCGGGAAGCGGGAUCCUGUCGCUGUUUGCGGCGCAGGCCGGUGCCAAGAAAGUGUAUGCAAUCGAGGCGUCCGACAUGGCGCAGUAUGCGACGAGGCUGGCGGCAGGAAACGGGGAGGUCGGGAGCAGGAUCACGGUUGUGCACGGCAAGGUGGAGGAGGUGUCCAUUCCGGAGCGCGCGGACGUGCUGAUCAGCGAGCCGAUGGGCACGCUGCUCAUCAACGAACGCAUGCUGGAAACGUACAUCAUUGCGCGUGACAAGUUCCUGCGGCCAGGGGGAAAGAUGUUCCCGUCGCAGGGAAAGAUCUUCAUGGCUCCCUUCGCCGACGAAACGCUGUACACGGAGAUCGCCAACAAGGCGCUCUUCUGGCAACAGCAGAGCUACUGCGGCGUCGACCUCUCGCCGCUGUACGGACAGGCCUUCUCGGGUUACUUCUCGCAGCCGGUGGUGGACGCGUUCGACCCGCGGCUUUUGGUGGCGCCGUCGCAGACCCACGUGAUCGACUUCAUGACUGCCAAGGAGGCGGACCUGUACGAGAUCGACAUCCCGCUGAGCUUCAAGGCUGCCAUUGCGACGCGUGUGCACGGGCUCGCGUGCUGGUUCGACGUGCUCUUUGACGGAAGCAACGUCCUCCGGUGGCUCUCGACCGCGCCGGGCCAACCGACGACUCACUGGUACCAGCUUCGUUGCGUGCUCAGCCAGCCUCUGUACGUCCUAGGGGGACAGCAAAUCUCCGGGCGUCUACACAUGGUUGCCCACGCUUCCCAGAGCUACACCAUCAACCUGACGCUGUCUACCACGACGGGCGGGCGCGUGCAAAGCUCUUCUGGCAAGCUGGACCUCAAGGAGCCCUACUACCGAAUGUCACAGGCGGCGACUUAUGGCUCCUGGUACGGAAUGGAAGAUUCACAAGCGGGGGGGCAGCCACAGCAGCAGCAGCAGGCGCAGGAGGCCCCCCCGGCGCAGAUGCCCCCGGACGUGUCCAUGCAGCAACACGAGCCGUACCCAAACCAACACGCCCCCCAGCAAAGUGGCCGCCAAAGGAGGCAGCCGGAGCGGAGUCACCCCGACGGUUACCAGUCCGGAAUGGGAAACGCCGCACAGAGUCAACAGCAGCAGCAAUAUUGGGCCGGUCAGCAGGGCCGGCCAGAGGGAGCAUACGCUUCCGGCGGGCAGUACAGUCAAGGAAACAGCGGGGGCGGUUACAACAAUCAGUCAGGGCAAACCGGGUGGCAAUAUCGAUGACAGAUGGAACUUUAGAUGAACAACGACUUUAAUGCUUGUGCGAGUGUCGUCAGAUUGUGUAAGAAGGUAGACUCAGCGUUUGCCAAUGUCUUUGCUUGGUUGUCGGGGUAUGUGCUAUUUCUGUUGUUGCAAAUAUCAAAGUUAGAGAAACACAUUUGCAGAGCCGUUCUGAACGCCAGGACCACAAGUGUCUGAAGUCUGACUGAAUUCAAUGCGCCUCUGGAGAUUAAUCAGUAUGCAUGCCAUCCA